AUGUGUGUUCUUUAUCACCAUCUGCAGAUGACGGACUGCUGCAGCCGCUGGCGGUGCUUGGUUGCUGGCACUCUACAGCAGCAUUUGGUGGCAGCAGCAAUACCUGGCUGCCUGCAGCUCCCCCUGACGCCCUGGAGCAGUACAUGGCGGCAUGCAGCAGUUGCCCCUUGUAACUGCUGGCAGACCGGGGGCUGCACCUCCUGCAGCUCCACCACGUCAUGGUACACGUGUAGCAACGACUGCCCACUAAUAGCAGCAGCUGGAGCACUCGACUUCACAUCGUAA